AUGGCGUCUCAACACAGCCAGUUUGCCGAGACAAUACGCGCCAUGAAGCUGGCCAUGAAAAGACGCGCCGACGGCUCUGAGGGCGAAGAUUACAUCCAGACACACACCAACCGUGGCAACAAGCUGAAGCGAGAUGCUCGGAACGUCCAACAGGAUCAGCUUGACGACACCGGAGGUACCUCGUACAAAAAGAACGUCAACCACGCUGGCUACCUUCGAACCACCAUCUCCACCAACCCACCACUUUACGACGAAGACGGCGACAUCUACUCACCCGUUAGCAGCGACAACGAGCAUAGAUUCGCGGAGCCCAUUGAGGACAACCCGUUCGGUCAUGUGCGUCUGGAAUCCCUGCUCCGCCCACUUACCGCUGCAUCGGAGCUGCCAGACCAUCCGAGCUUGAGCAUACCCUACAAGAGCAAGGCCUUGACACAAAUGGCAGAUGAGGCAUUCGAGAUGCUGAGACGAGAGCGAGCUAGCUUGUGGAAGGCCAAGAGGCUGCUGCAGCGCUUUCGAGGCGAUGCAGACUGGGUGCCAUGCACAACUUUCGAGACAGAGAACGAUGAGAUGUUGCUAGAUGGUGGAGAGGGCACUGGUGACCUGAGUGCUGUACCCAGUAUGUUCAUGGACAAUGCCGCAUUCGAGCUGGGUCCUCCUCGGGAGGUCCUGGACGGACCAGAAGCUGCUGGAGAUGACCUGAUCAAACACUCACGACCGGACGCGAUGGAUCCGAUGGUAGAUGGAGAAUCCAUGGAGGGCAUUGAAGCAGUGGAUAUGGCAGCUUUUGCAGCAAACGCGUCAAUGUCUCGCGUAAUCGACAACACUGGCAUUGUGGAGCAUGGCAACUCUCUUGAGCAGGAGUCGACAGCAGCAACAAACGGCGAUUCUGGCAACGGCAUUGAAGACACGGAGACGAAUGGACACUCCCAUAUCAGGAUGGACGAUGCGACAGGAACAAUCCCAGAACAAGCCUCAAAUCCCACAGUCGCCGACCUGGCCGAACGCGAGGGUGCCUCUGAGACCGCGUCGAACUCGAAUGGUACUAACACUCACGCGAUGACGACCCGUGCCAGAGCACGAUCUCCGGCUGAACGCAGCGACCGUACGCCUUCACCCUCGCCGAGCGACUCCGCGUCCAUACCUCCCAUCCACUCGUGGUUCGUCGCACCUGCCGCUUCUCUGACCGAUCGCGAUCUUGGACUACCACCAAACGAAGCAGAGGACACCCGCAAGCUUCUCCUAUUGUAUGUGCAAAAACAGGAGCAGAUCGUUCGCUCCCUCGACAGCCUCCACGCCGGACUAUCGAAAGCGGACAGAUUGCGCAACUACGUAUACAGGAGCUGCAAGGCAGAUGGACACCUCGUACCAGAUGGCAAAGGCAACAUGGUUACCGAAAUGAGCGACGGUGAGGACUGGUACGAUGUGUCAGAGCUCAACAUGCAGCCCUGGGAGCUCAAGGACGGACAGCUUGAGAAGGGCAAGGAUGAGGUUGAGGACGUGGAAGAGGAGGGCAGGAGACGGCCAGGCCGAGGCCGGCGCGUUAAUAGGAUGUGA